AUGGGAUUCCCUUUUAAAACAGUCCUCCUCGUUGGUGCCACCUCUGGUAUCGGCGCUGGACUCGCCGAUAAGCUCGUCCAAGAGGGCUCCAAAGUUAUCGCUGUCGGCCGUCGUCAGGACAGACUCGACGCUUUCGUUCAGAAGCACGGUGCUGAAAAGUCCAGCGCCAUCAAGUACGACGUUACCGACAGAAACGGUCUCGACGCCUUUGUCCAGCGCGUCGUUAAUGAAAACCCGGACCUAGAUUGUGUUUUGCUCAACUCGGGCAUGCAGCGUAUGAUUCGUCUUUCUAAGCCCGCCGAGGUUGACCUCGAUGCGUUCCACCAAGAGAUCAACACCAACUUCACCUCGGUCGUCAACCUGGCCCUCAAGUUCAGUGCCGAGCUGCUGGAGAAGCAGACUUCGACGGCGCUCAUCGUCACGGGCACGCAUCUUUCUACUGUGCCGUCGGUGGCCAUGCCUGCCUACUCCUGCUCCAAAGCUGCGCUCCAUGCUUUUAUGGAUUGCCUCCGUCGCCAGAAUCAAGGCAAAAGCUGCAAGUUUAUCGAAAUCAACACUCCAGCCGUGCAAACGGAACUUCACGACUACAUGGGCGAUCGCGGUCGCUCCUUUGGCAUGCCGCUGGCCGAGUUUAUCGACCAAGUUUACCCGCAGCUGGAGAGCUUAGAGGAGCAUACUUCCGUCGGAUACCCCGUUGGCAUUUCAGAAGACGAUUAUAAGAGUUUUGUUGGAACUAGACAAAGGAUGUCUGACCAGCUCUCAAAUGUGGUCAUGGCACACAUGCAACUCAGCCUUUGA